UCCUAACCCCCUUCUGUCUCCCCGCAGGUUCCGGAGUCGUCGGGUGUCGGGCGCGCCCCUGCCAAGGUGCCCUGGAUGGCUUGCGCGCCGCUGUAGGAUGUCUCUACCUCCCUCCCCGGCACGUCACCCCGCUUGCCUCCUCUGCCAGUGCCCCCGCCCUCCACCAUGAAUGAUGAUCAGAGCCUGCACAACAAUGCGGUCGCCUGGCUGGUCUGCUCAGGGGUCUCGGUUCUAGCCAACGCCUGGGGGAUUCUGAGCGUAAGUGCCAAGCAGAAGAAAUGGAAGCCCCUGGAAUUCCUGAUCUGCACGCUGGCGGGGACUCACAUCCUGACCAUCGCCAUCCCCGUCACCAUGUACGCCGUGAUCCAGCUCCGGCGGCAGCGCUCGGACUAUGAGUGGAGCGAAGGGCUCUGCAAGGUCUUCGUCUCCACCUUCUACACCUUAACCUUGGUCACCUGCUUCUCCGUCACCUCCCUGUCCUACCACCGGAUGUGGAUGGGCCGCUGGCCAGUCAAAUACAGGGAAGGGGGGCUGAGCAAUACCAAGAAGCAGGCAGUGCACACGGUGAUGGGCAUUUGGAUGGUGUCCUUCAUCCUCUCCACCCUGCCGGCGGUCGGCUGGCACGACACCACCGAGCGCUUCUACGCCCGGGACUGGCGCCUCAUUGUCACCGACGCAGGCCGCCCCCCCCACAAGCACCAGUUCACCGUGCCCGCCAUCGUGGUGGAGGAUGCGCAGGGCAAGCGGCGCUCGUCCAUCGACGGCUCCGAGCCCGUCAAGACCUCGCUGCAGAUCACCUACCUGGUCACCGGCGUCGUGUUCAUUUACGAUUUCCUGAUGGGCUUCCCCAUCCUGGUGAGAGGCGGCUGGGCCCGGGGGUUGGAUCGGAGACGGGGGGACGCUGCCCCGGCUGCUGCAGCCCAGACUGGAGUUUCUGGUCCAAACUGCCCCGGAUCCUCCCCUGCAGAGAGCAGCCUGGACGGUACCAUCCACCCCGACCUGCUGUUCGAGCAGCCCUACGACUACAGCUACGGAGGGGAGAUCCUGGCCCUGGAGCAGGUUGCCAGGUGCAACCUCUCGGCGCUAGAGCGCGGGAUCCCCCAGGUGUACCCCGGGCGCCCGGCGCAGGAGGACAAAAUGCAGUACCUGCAGGUAACGGCUCCGGAGCCCGCCGAGAGCGUCCUCUCCCCGCAGCCUCCCCCCCGCGAGGGCCUGUACAAGUGCUUCAGCAAGGAGGAGGGGGUGAACUUCAUAGACGGGAGCCCCCUGCCCAGCCCCCGCCGGGGCCCCCCGCGCGCCGCCCCCUGCUCCCUCCUCCCCCAGGUCUUCCUGCCCCCGGCGGGCGGGUGCCCCAGCUUCCCGCUGACCCGCUUUGAGCGGGAGCCCCAGGGGCUGCGCAGGUUCCCGGCGCCGGGCAGGGGGGACACCCUCACCGUGCCCAGGCCCCCGCACGCCCACGAGGACCCCAGAGGCCUCUUCCCUGAAGGAAACCGGGGACCAGUCCCUUUCAAACUCGGGGAGGGCCAGGCCCUGGGCAGCCGCCCCGCAAGCAGCAGCUGCUCCGAGGCCGGGGGAUUUCGGACGGGGUUGAGCACCACCUGGGCGGGGCAGGAAAACCUCCAGAAAGUGGGGAGCACCACGAGCUUUCUGAGCUCCCCGUCUGCCUCGUCUGGGUACAUCACCUUCCACUCCGACUCCUUUGGCUCGGCCUCCUAGGCCUCCCCGACACCACCUGCCGCGCAGGCGGGUUUUCCGCGGCUUUCCUCGCGCUGGUCCACGGCGCGGCCUCGGGCGAGGAGCGGGAGCUGGGCCUGGCACCAAGAAACCUGAGGCCCUUCUCGUGCCCGACGGAGGGCGGCAGAGAGACUGGCUGGAGGAACGUCUGAGCCGAGGGCGGUGCAAAAACCUUUGAAAUUCCUACUCAGGUGGACAAACCCGCAGCAUGGGCCUCCCAGAGCCUGGCCACGUGCGGACGGCAGGGGAGCCCACGAGGCGGGGAUCAGAGCAGGUGUUGCAGCCGCUUUGUCCCAGGCGGCAGGAUGGCGCCGUCCUUAAAGCGCUGGCGGGUGCCGAGCACCACGGUCUCCUGGCGUUUCCUCGUGGCUGUACCACGGGCAUCGUUUCUCCCGUGCUCGCUAGCACGUGGCACCCUCCGGCCAGGCUGGUGCUGACCGUCGAGCUCACACAUCCUGGAGAGAGGAAGAACGGGGUUUCUCAUUCUCUGCCGGGCGCAGCCGCCUUCUCCCCAAGGGGGAAGGAGACGAUUGGCACCUGCUAAGCUACCACCCCGGCUUCAGCGGGCCAGGGACGGAGCCCACCCUGACCAGAGGCACAGAGGGGGUAGAACCAUUUGUCUGGGGCCUGUAAUGGCCAGUUACCAGACACAGAUCUGUGACUCGCUCCAUGCAGCUCCAUGACUCACCGCCAAGGCCGGAGGCUGCUUGUUCCUGCAUGUGGGACCUGGCCACUGGUCACGUGGUCACGUGGCUCCUUGCAUUCGUGCGGCUCUCAGCCUCGUUGCUCUGGAGCGGCGUGAGACUGGGGAAGGGAGGCCUGCUGCUUAUGGACAGAUGCUGGGACCUCCAGCGACUUGGUGGCCUCGCCGUGGCUCCAGGCACAAG